AUGGCUAUUGCAUACAGUGAAAACCCCGUCAUGAAUGGCCCGAGCUAUUCUUUCUCGGACACACCCAAAGUGCAGGCCCCGGAAGGUGCGCGGCAACAUCGUUUUGACCCGUACACCGACAACGGAGGCACUACCCUGGCUAUCGCUGGUGCCGACUUCGCCAUUGUAGCCGGCGACACUCGCCAUACUGCCGGCUACUCAAUCAACAGUCGCUUCUCGCCGAAGGUCUUCAAAAUUGGCGGCUCUACUGCCGAUCAGCACGAUGCCAGAAUCGUUCUGUCUGUGGUCGGGUUCGCCGCUGACGGCGAAGCGUUGAAGGAGCGUCUCGACACUAUAUGCAAGAUGUACCGUUACCGUCACGGCAAGCCCAUCAGCGUCAAUGCAUGCGCCAAGCGUCUGUCGACUAUCCUUUACCAGAAGCGGUUUUUUCCGUACUACACACAUGCGAUUCUGGGUGGUCUUGACGAAGAUGGUAUCGGUGCAAUUUACAGCUACGACCCUGUCGGUAGCUAUGAACGAGAGCAAUCCCGGGCUGGUGGUGCAGCGGCGAGCUUGAUUACGCCUUUCUUGGACAACCAGGUUAAUUUCAAGAACCAAUAUGUGCCAGGGAGUGGCAUUGGCCAUGAUCUGAUGGAGCGGCCGCGCGUGCCACUGCCACGAAAUGAUGUGGAGGAGCUGGUUAAGGAUGCCUUUGAUGGCGCAGUGGAGCGUCAUAUUGAGGUAGGCGACUACCUGCAGAUGCUGGUUGUGACAAAGGACGGUAUUGAGGAGGUCGUUCUGCCGUUGAAGAAGGAUUAG